UCUGGAUUUCUUCUUCAGGGCCUUCCAAAGAGAUGAAGACUCUGUCUGCAUGGGUGGUGGUGCUACUUAUUUUUGGACCCAUCGUGACAGAUGGCAAUCUCUUUGAUCUUCAGAAGAUGAUCAAACAAGUCACUGGGAAAAGCACCAUACCAAAUUAUAUCGCCUAUGGAUGUUACUGUGGACAGGGAGGCAGAGGAGAACCACUGGAUGCCACUGACCGGUGUUGCCGUGAUCAUGACUGCUGCUAUCGUCGAGUGAUGAGGCAAAGGUGCAAGCCCAAAAGAGAAAGAUAUUCCUACACCCACCUGUCUGGGAAUGUGAAAUGUGGGGGUGGAACACAAUGUCAGCAGCAGAUCUGUGAAUGUGACAGAGACUUUGUCCUGUGCUUGAAAAAAACACUUGGGGAGCUACAAAAAAUCCUAUCGCUUCUAUUUGAAUUUCUUGUGCCCUGUGACCACAUUGUGACCACAUUGCAGAGACCUCUGGAAGAGAGCAGAGAGUACUUCAAGGGAUUUUAUGUUAACUGUCAUCCAGUCUUGGCGUUGUUCCUUCCUCACUUGAUAUUUCUUCCAGGUCCUUACUGGAGGGACAUGAAGAUCCUUUUGGGAGUGACAAUGCUUCUAGCCAGCAGUGUUCUUUUGGCCCAAGGGAGCCUCCUGGAAUUUGGAAAAAUGAUUUUAAUAGCAACUGGAAAAAGCGCAUUCCCAGAGUACACUGCUUAUGGAUGCUACUGUGGACUUGGUGGCAAAGGGCAACCCCAGGAUGCCACUGACAGUUGCUGCCUUGUGCAUGACUGCUGUUACAGAGCAUUGAAAGGGAAAUGCGAACCAAAAUUUGACAUAUAUAGAUUCAGCUAUCAUGAAAGAAACAUAACAUGUGAGGAGGGAACCUGGUGCGAGAUGGAGAUCUGCGAGUGUGACAAGGCCGCUGCCCUCUGCUUCCAAGACAACCUGGACUCCUACAACAAGACACUCCGUUUUUACUCCAAUAUCCACUGCAACGGGACCAUGCAAUGCUAA